GACGGCUGCCUGCGCAUGCGCGUUUUCCUGCCCGCCGCCGCCUCCGGUGUGUCGGAGAGUCCCCGGGAGCUGUCGCAGCCCGCCUCGCUCGCCCGCCCCGCGGGGAGCAUGCCCGGCCGCGCCGCGCACCAGGAGGCAGCCGCGGGGAGCGCCGGGGCCGCUACGCAGCCGGAGCGGGGCCUGGCCGGCGCCUUCCCACUGGUGCUGAAGAAGCUGAUGGAGAACCCGCCGCGGGACGCCCGGCUCGAUAAAGAGAAAAAGGAAAAACUUGAGGAGGAUGAAGCAGCAGCUGCCAGCACUAUGGCAGUCUCUGCCUCCCUUAUGCCUCCCAUCUGGGACAAAACUAUCCCUUAUGAUGGGGAGUCUUUCCACCUGGAGUACAUGGAUCUCGAUGAGUUUCUCCUGGAGAAUGGUAUUCCUUCCAGCCCUAACCAUCUGGAUUUGAACCAGAACCCCCUCUUGCCUGUGGCUGAGCUGGAAGGAAAAGAGGGUGCCAGUGCAUCUGCUGCCUCACCAUCAUCCUCUUCUUCCACUGCAGUUUUCCAACAGUCGGAAGCAGCCUCUAGUACAGAGGCCCCUCCACAGAAUGAAAGAGAUACGCCCAGUCCCAUUGAUCCAGACUGUGUUGAGGUUGAGGUGAAUUUUAACCCUGAUCCUGCUGACUUAGUGCUUUCCAGUGUGCCUGGUGGUGAGCUCUUCAACCCCCGCAAGCACAAGUUUACCGAAGAGGACCUGAAACCACAGCCUAUGAUUAAAAAGGCCAAGAAGGUUUUUGUUCCAGAUGAACAAAAGGAUGAAAAAUAUUGGACGAGGCGGAAGAAGAACAACGUGGCAGCAAAGCGAUCCCGUGAUGCUCGGCGGCUGAAAGAGAACCAGAUCACAAUCCGAGCAGCCUUUCUGGAGAAAGAGAAUACAGCUUUGAGGACGGAGGUGGCAGAACUGCGCAAGGAAGUGGGGAGAUGCAAGAACAUUGUCUCUAAAUAUGAAAUCAGAUAUGGACCCUUUGACUUAUCUGAUUCCGAGUGAUGCAACUCCUAAAGACUUCUAAAAACAAAGAAACUAAAAAGCACACAUCAAAUCGCCUGUCUUCAGAGUGAAUGGUGAAAUCUGUGAGGUAUCCCUACACAAACAACUGAUGAUGACCCUGCCUGCUUGCAAGUACCCCAUCUGAACUACCAAGGGCUGGGCAUGAUGAAAAGUGCCAAGUCUCCUUAAUACUGUGUAUGGCUUUCUUAUAUCUGUUUUUCUUGCUGUAACCAUAAAUUACAGUAAGGUUGGUUACUGGGGAUUUGUCAAGUACACUCAGUUCAUGUUUUUGAGUUCAGUCUGUUGACAAUUUGUGUAAAUAGUAAACUUUUUUUUGGCACUUGAGUGGGAGAAAGUGGGCAGUUUUAACUUAAUGGCUAAAAUUAUAUCUUAAGCACUUCUUUUAUUUCUUAAGAAUUGAAAUGUUUACUUACUUUUUUUUUUUUCCCUCUGCAGUUGAAUAGGUUUUAGCUAAUGCUGCAGUUGGAGUCUGGCAAGGUAUAGCAUCUUGCAAGGUACUGUAAGUGGAGAACCAGAGGCAUCCACAGGAAAAGCACUCUAGGAUGCACUCUAGGAUGCAUAGGUUUUGAACAAAUGCAACAGACUUAUUGAUGUAAGUGACAAAGCACCACAAAGUGUGUCAGCCAAAGAGUAAUGAAAUAAACCCUGUCAGGUGCUCUAUGUAGUUCCCAGAGCCCUCUAACUCCUUCUAUGCCCUGAUAAGCUGUACUGUUGGGAGCCCAAUCCUCCCUUUGUGUAACUUGUUAGGAGGUUCUCAACAAAAUGAGACAUUUAUUUUCUGACUGCUGAACUGCAGUAGGGAAGAGGUGUGUACAUCUCCACUGCUGAGUCCCUUAUCUUGCAGCAUGCUCCCACCAGUAAGUCUGAAUUGAAGUUCUAGCAUAGCUACUAGCCAGUGUUUCUCAUCAUUGUCUUUUUUUUCCCCCUCCUGCCCCACUCUGUUAUUUCCCAAGUGAAUCCAAACUUGCCAGUGACUGCUUUGGGACAUGAAGUAAUUCUAAAACUUGAGACGUUCAGGCACAGAGCGGUAGAUUCAGAGUGUAGACAGUUUUCUAGGGAAGUUGGUCCUACAUAGAAAAGAAAGGAUGUGAAUGGAAGGAAGUUCCCUUUAGAAGAGUACCAUUAAUACAACAAAAUAAUCUACCUGAACACCAGGCUGAAAACCAUAUCCAUAGGGAAAAUAAAAAUGGAGUACUCUACAUCCAGUGAAUUAUUGUGGGGCUACACCUACCUUCAAGGUAAUAUCAGUAACACAGAAGUAGGGGAAGGGUGUUGUCUGUACCACGUACCCUCUCAGCCAGGAGAUAACAAAUAGCAGACACCUUGAUUUAAAAAAAAAAAAAAAAAAAAAAAAGCUUUGAAAAGCCUUCAGCAGGAAAAGUGCCUAAUUGUGGGGCUCAGUUAGUUGUAAACAACCUUGUGAAAAGUGUUUUAAUGCUGAAUAAUAUUCUCUUUGCCUUCAUCAGAGAGAUUCUUGCCCUUUAGAACUUUCUUGUAGAAAGAUAGAGAAGAAAGGGAGCAGUAGGGUGGAAGCAGAUGGUAUGCAAACUUUAACCCUCCCCUCCCCCCCCAACCCCCCCCCAACAACAUUGUAAUCAGUUUUUCACAGCCUAACUCUUAUAAAAUUGAAUCUGCUUUUAUCCAUCAAAUGUACUGCUUAACCUAUUGUCAGAAAUGGACUGUGUUCUUAGUUUUUAAGAACUUGUUUUAACUUUUCUCCCUAACCAGUAAGAAAUUUUAAUAAUGUGUAUAUAGCCUUAUAAGUUAGGACCCUUAAGAUUCCAUAGGAUCGUCCAUGAAAGUUUUAAACUUCAGAAAGGAAUUUGGUGUUGGAAUAUUAACCUAGAAUAUCAGGGAUCUAUUACUGCAGAACUGGACUGACAUUUUUGGUGUGUGUGUAUAGAUAGGGGAAGGAUAUUUUUUUUGUUAAAUGGCCUUGCCAUAUAUUUUAUAGAUACUGUAUGCAUGUAAGAUAUAUGUUAACAGCUUUCUGCAUUUAUCUUAACUUUCCAGUUAAUUGGCUCUGAUUUUUAUUAUUUUUGACAGCUGUGCUUAUUGUUUCAAGAUAAGUGGGCUUUAUUUUUUUUAAUUAUUAACUUAAAGGGUAUGGCAGUUGAACAAUGAUGUUUUAUUGUGCUCCUUCAUCAUUAUGCUUUAGGAACAAUUCUGAAAUCCUUCAGCAGUUUCAGUUGAUGUUUAAUUAGAUGACAGCAAGAUACUCUGAUAAACUUUAAUGACAUCAUCUAGAAGAAAUGCGUAUAUAAAACUUUUUGCAGUAUAUUGUGCUAUGUUAUGAACAUAGUGUUCAAGUAAUAGGAAUGAUAUAUAGAUUCCCAUUUGCUCUCCAAAUUACAGCACAAAUUUAUGCAAUAGGUAAGUGAAGUAUUCAUUAAGUUUUGUCUUUUGGAGAAGAAUGUUCUUAAUGUAUGUACUUCCCUGCAGAACCGUACACAAGAUUGCACAUCACGUGUGCUGUGGUAUAUAAGUGUGUUGUAAGAUUAUCUCACUCUCAAGUAUAGUUUUCUAAACUGUGGCUUAAUUUUUAUAGUUGGAGAAUCUUCUUAUUGUGAAGCAAAAUCUCUGAGACAAUUGUGGUGACUUUUUAUCCCCUUAUGAAUUCAACUCCCACCCAUCAUCUCCUUCAUCUGUCAAACAACACCUAUUUCUAUAAUGUCCUGGGUUUCUGUUGCAUGAUUAUAGCACCUUUUUGCUGCCCUCCAUCCUCCCCCCCCCCUUUUUUUUGCAGUCUUUUGGAAGUUAAGCAUGCAGCUGCAGAGCUUUCCAUUCUUUUCAGAAUUUAUAACCAUGAACUCUUCAUCCUAGAUGACUGUUGUAGGUCAGAACAUAACUAUAUGUCCAUCUUACUUGUGUAGCUUCUUCAUGUUUAACAUAGUGGCCACAACAAGACUGACACAUUGUUUUACUGAAUUUCAGCAUUAAAAUGAGAAGUUCCCUAACAACAGAACAAGUUCAGUAUUGGGAAGUAUCUGUGAAACCUUCUUGCAUAUGUUGUUUCAUGCCAUGUGCUCCAUUCCUCAUGUAAAGGGACUGUCUCUAUGGCAGGAAAAAGGGAGUUUAGUCUUCAGCCUCACUAGGGCUGCCAUUUGCAGUAGGUUGUGAUAUGAUAACCUGUUCACUGGUAACACACUGAAACCACUAGUCAUUUCACAAAAGUCACUAAACAGUCACUGAUAGUUAUUUUCAAGAUGUAUGUAUUGUUAAUAGUGUUUGGGGAAAGUCUGCUUUGAAAGCUGAUAUCUAAUUCUACAUAUCAGAAAAAGAUUUUAAUAGAGUAUUAUUUCCAUGUACAGUCUCCCACACAAUCUAACAGUAAGAAUUAAACCUUCAUCUAAUAGCAAUGCAUUAAAUAUUCCCUAUAAAUUCAGUUUUCAACUUAAUACUGAGUCUUAUUGCCACUGAAGUAGAUGGUCAAUCAGCUAUUAACUCCCAUAGGAAGUGGCCUUUUGCUCUUUGCUAUGGUGGUUGUAAGGUUUUGUUUGAUAUUGAAGUGGUGAAUGCUCUUGCACACUUAGUUGGGGUCAUGUGAACAUAUCUGUGAUUGCAAAUGCAACGUGGGUGAACUGACUUCCUUCCAAUCACUUGGUUUAAUUUAGAAGCUAGUGAAAUAUUUUUAAUAUUUUGACAAUCUGAUGAAUUAUGUCUUCACUGUUUGGUAUGGGUGAAGAAAUAUGUAAUAAAUUUUUGUUGGCAGAAGAAAUGUUAUAAAUUCCAUGUGACUUCUUAUAGUUCUUUCCUGUUUGUGUUUUUGUCUUUACAGCUGAUAAAUUUCUAUUUAAUUUCUCUGCUGUUCUGUUUGGAAGUUUCAGGUAUUUUAGCCAUAGUAAUUCUUUUCAGCAUUAUCUGCAAGGCUGCUACUAACUGUACAGAUUCAUUGUAAGGUAUGAAACGUAAUGAAGGUCCAGGAGCUAAAGAGAUUAGGAAUACUGUAAACCUACUAAUCAUUGUGGCAAAAAUAUUUUGUCUUCUGGAGAAAGCCAUUAUUUCUGCUGACUACAGCAUUGCCACUCUCAAGUUUUGCUUACGUCUUACAAAGUGCCGUAGGACUGAACCUUUUGAUCAGAAGCCCUGAUUUUUAAGAAGGGUUUAGAUAUCGCAAAGUGUUAUAAAAUCAGGGUAUGCCUAUGUUAUGUUUUUGUGGCUUUGCAUUCCUCCUUUGCCUUGGACUUCUCAACCAAAAAUGAAUUAACUUAAUUUAAAUAAUUUAUUUUUUUCCAGUAAACUAAAGAUAAAUCUUCAGUGAGGAAUGAACAUUUAUUUUUCAUAGUCAUGUAAGAAGUGUUCUUCCCUUUGCAGAAAUACAAAAUCUUGGCUAGUUUUUCUGGUCUUCAGUAAUCCCACUUACCAUCUACCAGUAUAAGAAUGGUAACUCAAACUCCACAACUAAAGGUUGGGGAAGAGAAUAUAAGUCUAACUAUACAUUGUCAGAGAUACUAAAAAAAAACUAUUUGAUUUUUAUUUUUAUUUUUUUUUUUUGGUAAUUUUAAUUACUUGGUGAUGCAGAUGUGUCACAGGUAUUUGUUUUCAUAUUCAAUGCGAUCCAUUAGCUUGGUAGUAAGUUACUUAUUACAAUGCAUCAUUUCGGAAUGCAAAUUUUUUCUAAAAUUCAAGCAGUUACAUUGUAGGAGGAGUCUAUAAGGAAAGUAGAAAAGCAGAGAAGAGAAUAAAAAAAAAGACUGGAAAAGGAGGGAGAUGAGACUAGGACAAGAUAUGGGCCUGAACCAGAAUGCUGCAACUGAAACUGAACUAACUGGUCCUUUGGUGUUGGGGACCUGAAGAAGGGCACAUUGUGCCUGAAAGCUUACCUACCAUCUCUCCCAGAUAUAUAUAGUUGGUCCAAUAAAAGAUAUUGCAAAAAACCCAAACAAACCCCUUGCAUCUAACUUUGGGGUAAUAUAGAUCCUCUCCAAUUGGUCUUAUGCUGAAGACGUAAGCAUCAAUAACAUCCUUUUCCUGGUUGUUUUCUUACGAGCUAUAGUUGAGAAUGAAGGUGGAAAGAAUUUGUGGGGGUAGGGAUAGGGUAGAGAGAAUAGAUAGUGCUUUAACUAGCAUAAUAUUAAUAUAUCUAGAAAUGUAGGUCUCUAGGGACCUCGGCUCCCAGCAGGGAGGCAGGAUCUGUUUGCCUAAAGCAGAAUGCAAAUGAAAGAAAAUGUCUUUAUGUCCUGAGACUCCUAGAUUAUUCAACCUGAGUGCAGUUGUCUCCGCACUGGGUAAGCCCUGUAUCCAUAUGGAGUCUGACAGCCCUCACUGAAGUUUGCGUGGGUAUAAGAGUCGGUCAGCACAGUUGUGGAACUGCAUUCUUGUGAGAAUUCAUGGUUGCUGUUGUUCACAUGUCUCUCUUAAGUAGCCAAAUUCACUACCUUGUUUUGCCAGCUGAGUAUGAGCAAAAGCUAUCUUCACUGGAAAAAAACUACAAAAAGGUACUCCUGGCCAUUAAAUUAAGGCAGGUACAUCCUGGUAAUGCUGAGCUCUAUUCGUGUAGUUGCCUGAAUUUCUUGGUAGAGAUGAACCAUGAGUUACUUGAGGGUGAGGUGGGGUUAGUAUAUUCAAGUAAAUGGAAUAGCAGCUCUCACUUGUUCUAACGCAGCAGCCAGGUGUCUUUUUGCUAGUAGUCCAGGGAUAGUGGAAGGAUUUGUCUUCUACACAGUUAUGUGAAGUUUUCUGCUGUGUGGCAAUUAACGUGGUUGUUGGCAUACUGAAUUUUGUAUAACUUCAAACUUGUAAAUACACUUUUCAAAUCAAUCGCAGUCCUAUGAAGUGAGAAAUAAGUGCUUCCAUUGCAACAUCUGAAAAUUGUUAAUGCUUCAUGCAGCUUGAUUUAGGAUUUUUUUGUUGUUUUUUUUGUAGAGAACUGCAAAAAUCAAACCAAGUGAGAUUUGUUGUUGUGAAGUUCUAGCUUAGGUGUGAUGCUUUCUGUUGAUGAAAUGUGUAAUAAACCAUUCAAGCAGAGACCCUGAGUAUUUGGAGGAGUUGAUUCCCCUCAGGUAGAACUGUCUCUCUCUUUUGCAAACAUCAGCUCAGUGACUAUUCUCACUGUACUUGGCCAAUCCCAGUUGCUGGACAGUUGGCUUGAUAAUAGUAACUAACACUUGAAAAGGACUCCUGUUGGUUAAUUGGUUGGUAAAGUACAAUAUGUUCAGAAAAACAGUAACCUAAGUUUUAGACUUCUGUCUGUUACGCUUUAAACAGACCUGGCUGUGCCCUUCAACCAGACUGCACCAUGUCACUAACCACACAACGAAUUUACUGACCGUUACUGCACCUCAUCUGUGACCUAAGUAGAUAAAGUUGUCAUCAGUCAUUUUGUGUGCCUACACAAAUAUGUGAUUAGUUAAUUUACUCACAGUCCCUAGUGUAUAUAGAGAGAAAUUUAUUGGACUUAAGUUUUAACUGAGUAUAUUUUCACUAGAUACUGCACAGCUGGAACCUUCAGCAGCUAGUCAAAUUAUUAUUUUGGGUUUUUUGGUCUAAUCUAAAUGGACGUGAAGCAAAUGGAUGGGAAUUUUGGGCAAGCAUUGGGAAAUGGAUGUGGGUGGAUUGUUGGGUGAGUGGUUUUUGUCCCUGAGUAGCGCUGGGGACCAUUGUCAUGGGAUAACACCUUCCUUGCACUGUAGUGACUUCCAGUUCAGUAUCUGCUGCAGCUGCAGUGUUCCAUUAAAAUAACAAAGGUAAAACCUGUCUUAUGGAGUGCAGAAGUUGCGUUCCCAGCCUGUGAAGUACAUAACUAUAAAGCAGCUAUGUAUUAUGUAAAAGUUAUUUAUGGGAAUUCUGUUCUUGUCCGGCUCUUUCAGAGACGAAGUCUUGUUCUGAGAGCUGGAAAGAGUUCAGUCUUAUAAUUGAUGUAUUUCACAUUCUCUUGUUUUGGGGAUAAAAGCUAUGAAUUAUCUAGCUGGCAAGUGACACUGCUGUGUCCCAUUCACUAUAAAGAUGAAUUUGAUGGCAGAAUAUUUUAUGCAUUGCAAAAUAUUCCCCAUUUUAAUAUGUAGUUUUGUACAUUAAACAACUGAUGUCUAAUCUCUGAGCUGCCUCCAUUUUGGAGGUGGUCUAACUAAUUCCUAUAUGUGGUUUUGUAAUCAGUCUGCAAAGUGCUUUGGGGAUCCUUUUGAAUGAAGGGUCCUACAGAAAUGAAAGAUUGUUACUAUUUGCCAGCAGUAAUGAUUUGUAGAACAGUUGGGCAAAUUGUGUGCUGCUAUAAAUCAUGUAGUGCCCCCUCUUAAUCCCCUAACCCAGUCUGCUCAUUUUGUACUCUCACCCUGUCAGCAGCUGAUUGGUGAAAAUAAAGGUGCUUGAAUGGCAGUCUGAGGAAAGGGCAUUUCACUGUUGCAGAGCUGGUAUUCUUUUAUAUUUUCAUUUGUUAUGCUUUUUUAAAUGAACAAACCAUGAAAUCUACAAGUCUUGAAAAACAGCUUGGAUUAUGUGGGCAGUUUAAAUCCUCUCACCUCUCUGCUCUUACCUGUUUUUAAAAAAAAUGCUUUAGUUUAAAAUGUAAAGUUUUGACUGUAUUAAAUUCUAUUAGUAUUUUUUCCUUUAUAAAAAAAUAAUAAAAUGUAUAUUCCACUAUAUAAA